ACGCGGUUGCUCUCGAACUGAAGCUCUAAUGAAACAAAUGGACUGCUAGCGAGGGAGAUUUCAAACAACGCAGCACUCUCUUGCUCAUUGUGCAAGAAAUCGUGAGAGGGCCUCUACUUCUCCUCCUCCUCCUCUUUCUGCUGUCAUUGAAAAACUGAGGAGCAUCAUUUGACUCUCAUCAGAAACUCGAUAGAGCAGCGUCGUCUCCAGAUUCUAAAAGUGGCAUUGAUCGGAGGAACGGGUUUGCCAGUAACAUUUUGGACGCUGUGUGAUUCUGUUAAGCAAAUGAAGGAUAUACUGAUGUUCAAACCCCAACUAAGGGAUAUCAAAUCCACUUUGGACUCUUUGGAACCACUGAUCAAAGAGAUGGCAGAGUGUGAGAGGGAAUUGGAUGGUCAAGAGGGGGAGCUAGAGAAUCUUAGAGUGGAAAUGGAGGGAGGAGUGGAGCUUAUUCGCAAGUGCUCGAAAGCGAGCAGGUUCAAGCAGUAUAAGUACGGCAGCAGGCUUGUUGAAUUGAGCAAGUCACUUCAGAGGCUGUUGGGGAUAUUGAAAGUGCAGGGGAUAAGGGAUGUGAAGAAGGCAUUGGUUUCGGUGAGAAAUAUCGAGAGUGUGGUGCACAGAAUUGAAGGAAAUUGUGUGAUACAGAACAAUCAGUCUCAAAAAAUUGAAGGGUGGUGUGCUGUGCCUGAGCCUCCAACGAUUAUGGUUGGAUUGGAUGUGCCUUUGUGGGAAUUGAAGAAGAAGCUUUUUACUGACGGAGUAUCGAUGGUGAUAAUUACUGCUCCUGGAGGAUGUGGAAAAACUACAUUGGCAACAAAGUUGUGCAAGGAUGCAGAAGUCAAAGAUAAAUUCAAAAGCAAUGUCUUCUUUGUUACUGUCUCAAAGAAGCCCAACUUAUACCUAAUUGUACAAGAGCUGUAUCAUGGAACGGGUGCCCAGGUCCCCGAUUUCCAAAAUGAAGCAACUGCAGUUAGCUGGCUGCAGCAAUUUCUGAAGCAAACAGGACAAAAUCCUAUGUUGUUGGUCGUGGAUGAUGUCUGGGCAGGAUCGGAAUUCAUUCUUGAGAAGUUUGAUGAAUUAAAGAUGUCAGAUUACAAGAUAUUGGUGACAUCAAGGUCUGCUUUUCCAAGAUUUGGUUCUCCAUAUUAUUUAGAAUGUUUGAACAACGAAGAUGCAAUGGCACUUUUUCACCAUGCAGCAUCCUUAGGUGAUAGGAGCUCUUAUAUUUCAGAAGAUCUUCAGAGAAAGAUAGUAGAACGUUGUAUGGGAUUUCCACUUGCAAUUACAGUUGUCGGAAGAUCACUUUGCGGGCAGCCAAUAGAAAUUUGGCAAAAAAGAGUAUUGGAAUGGUCUAGAGGUUGUUCUGUUCUUGAGUCUGAACAUGAUUUGCUUGAUUGCCUCAAAAGAAGCUUAGAUUCUUUGGAUGAAGAGAAGUCUCUUAUUAGGGAAUGCUUCAUAGACCUUGGUUUAUUUCCUGAAGAUAAAAGAAUCUCAGCUACUGUCCUCAUUGACAUGUGGGCAGAGUUAUAUGGCAUAAAUGAGGACAUUUCGUCCAUUGUGAACCUCUAUGAACUUGCCUCUCGGAGUUUGGUUAAUCUGGUAGUCACAAGGAAUGACAAGGAUGGCGAUGGCUAUUACACUGAACACUUUUUUACACAGCAUGACAUGCUUAGGGAGUUGGCUAUCCUACAGAUUAGUCGGGAACCACUACAACAGAGAACGAGACUUGUGAUUGACAUAAGUGGAGACAACUUUCCUAUGUGGUGGAAAGAACAAAAGUAUCAAUCCCUCAUAGCUCGCCUUGUAUCUAUCUCAACAGACGAAGAGUUCUCAUCUAAAUGGCAAAACUUGCCACUACCAGAAGCAGAGGUUUUGAUUUUGAACUUUCAGACCAAGUAUUAUGCCUUACCUGAGUUUGUGGAGGAAAUGAAUAAACUGAAGACUCUAGUACUCACAAGUUCAGGUAUCGGUCCUGCUGAGUUGAAUAACUUUCAACUAGUUGAUUCGAAACCAAAUCUAAAGAGAAUCAGACUAGAACGAAUUUCAUUUCCUUCAAUAAGCAGGUAUCCUAUACAGUUGAAAAGUUUGAAAAAGAUUUCUCUAUUCAUGUGUAGCGUUGGCCAAGGUUUUGGUAACGGUUCCAUACAUAUAUCAGAGGCGUUUCCAAAUCUUGUUGAAAUGAAUAUUGAUUACUGCAAUGAUUUGGUGGAGUUGCCUGCCGAUCUCUGUGACCUUAUUCAACUGAAGAAACUCAGUGUCACCAAUUCUCAUAAGCUCUCUGUCUUACCUGAAGACAUUGGAAAUCUAGUAAAUUUACAGCUGCUGAGGCUUAGAUGUUGUACAGACUUGUCAGAGUUACCCGGCUCGAUUAGGAACCUCAAGAACUUAAACUUGCUUGACAUAUCGAAUUGCUUUAGCAUUAAGGAAUUGCCUGAAGACAUUGGAGAAAUGUGCAGUUUAGAGAAGCUCAACAUGAGACAGUGCUCGAGAUUGAAUGAGUUGCCUUCAUCAGUUGUGGAUCUUGAAAAGCUAAUGGAAGUGACGUGUGAUGAAGAGACAGAAAUCUUAUGGGAGCCUUUCUUACCGUAUCUCAGUAACAUACACAUAAAGGUUGUGAAAGAAGAUAUCAACCUGAAUUGGCUCCACUAGUCUUAUUUCUGAUACCUUUCUUUUUUCAAUUUAAUAAAUGCGGCAGCAAUGCUGGUAUGAUUCGUCUCAA